GCAAGGGAGAUAGAAGGCAAAUGAAAAAGGAAUUCACGGAAAAAAGAUCAAAGAGAGCGGAGAGGUACAAAGACCACCGACUCUGAAAACUCCGUCAACGUUGAGCGAUAUAAGAGAAAGACCUGGUUUUCUAUAACGGCGUCGUAUAUCGUUCCGAGUUAGGGUUUGUUUCCUUUUCUCUUCUUCCAUCGCUGCUCUCCCCUUCUCCGAAGGACAGAGAAAAAAAAGAGAGACUGAGAAAUAAAAGAAUAAAAUAAAUGAAAAUUUCUCUCUUAUGAAACGUAAAUCACUACGAAAUAUAUGCUUUCGCAGGAGCCAGUGCUUCUUAAUGCUGUAGACUAGAUAAGGAAGUCGCAUCUCCCUUUUAUGAACUGUUUGGAGAGUAAAAAAAUGACGAUGAACAUGUAUACGAUGAACGUGUGCAACAUGGAUGUGUACAGCUUCAACACUAACAUCAGUUUUAGGAUUUGCCUAACCACUCAGGAGACAGUUUUCAUUGGUUCCGUAGAAGAUUAACCUUCAUAGUUGUUUUUUCGUUGGUAGUAUCGGUUUUAAGCUUGUUGAUAGGGAUUGGUCUUGGUAGAAAUGGAAGCACGGAACGCCAUGGUAUUGGAUAGUAAGCCUGGGUUUCUGCAAGGCAGGAAGAGGAAGUGGGGUGCGCAGCAUACAACAUAUUUACCGGGAGCUUCGCAUGUGAUAUUACCACAAUUGCCCAACUUUAGUUUACCAUCCCAGAAACAUGGAAAGCUGAGGAGAUUAGAGGAUCACAAAGGCAAAGUUGUUAAAUGUGGUCAUCCUUCGAAAAGAUCUUUGCUGCUGUGCUAUGCAAAUUUUAAGAAAACUGGCAUUCCAAAGCGCAUAAUGUUCUUUGAAAACGGUGAAUGGACUGAUUUUCCCCAAGAUCUCCUUGCUAUGAUUAGGAAAGAUCUCUACAUAAAGAAGCCAUUUAUUGAGCUGGAGAAAGAUGGUCAAUCCUUUGUGCUAGAUUUCUUGCAUAUGUUUCGGUUGGAUCGGAAAACUGGCUUGAAACAACCCAUUGCUUGGAUUGAUGAGGCAGAUGGCUGUUUCUUCCCGGAGACUUUUAAUGUAGAGGAUGAAUCAUGUCAAGGCUGUGAACAUGAACAUGAGAAUGAUAAUGAAUCCAUGUUUACUGGAUCAUAUGCCCCCCCUGAGAUCAAGCUACAUCUUGAAAUUGACAUUAAUGGUGUUGAUCAGUCGAAGUUGAAGGAAUGCAGUGGUGAGUCAAGUUCUUUUGUUAGAAAUGUUCAAAUUACUCAGAAACCUGCAUCCAAUCCUUGCGCUGUAGAAAUUGAGGAUAAUUGCUACAGGGAUGUUGAUGCAAAGCACAGCAAAUUUGUUGAGGACAAUCAACAGAAAAGGAUAAACUUGGUCCCUGAAAAGGAGUUUGCAGAUAUAGAGUUGGACAAACAGUUGGAUUCUUCAACAGUUGAGCAGAUGUUCCUUAUGGGUAUGAGCCCUUCUGGUGGUGUUGAUAUUAUUGAUAUAAAGCCAUGCUCCAGUUCUUCAUCUAAAUAUAGACUAGAGCGUUUCCUAAAGCAGGUACAAAUUAUGGAGAAGUACCGGGGGGAUGCAAAUGUUCGAUAUGCCUGGCUUGCUUGCUCCAGGGCAUCAUUGCCUAUGAUUAAGAUGCAUGGGCUUGGUGAUUGUGGUCUUUCCACAAUUCCACAAGUAUAUGGCACCGGUGUUCAUCUUGUUGCAGCAGAAUUUACUAAUACCAGUGCAAACUAUUCUGAUGUUGACGAAAAUGGAAUAAAGUACAUAGUAUUAUGUAGAGUAAUAAUGGGAAAGAUGGAGCUUCUUUUCCCCGGAACUAGACAAUGUUUUCCGAGCAAUGAGGAUCUUGAUAGUGGAGUGGAUGAUCUUUAUCAUCCAAAGUACUAUAUCAUCUGGAACAUGAAUAUCUGUACUCACAUAUAUCCGGAGUUUGUUAUUAGUUUCAAACUCUCUAAUGCUGAAGGGCAUUUGAUUGGAAGUGAGACUAAUCAUGCUGUUUCAGCCGUCACUGCAUCAAGGCAUGGACUUCAGGGUCGUUUACCAGUGUUGUCAUCUGCUGGUGAAUUGGGGAGUAUUAAUCGCAAAAACUCAGAAUCAGGGGGGUCCCAAAGUAAUGAUCCUAGCCUGGGUUCAAGCACUUCUAAGACCCCUAAAUCCCCUUGGAUGCCUUUCCCCAUGUUGUUUGCUGCUAUAUCAAACAAAAUUCCUCGUACAGAUAUGGAUGAAGUUACUAAGAAUUACGAGCUAUUCAGGGCAAAGAAGAUAACUCGGGAUGAUUUUGUCAAGAAGUUGAGACUGAUAGUUGGAGAUAGCUUGUUGAGAUCAACAAUAACAGCUCUGCAAUGCAAGAUACCAAACAGGCAGAACAUGAAGGUUCCUGGAAGCCUUUGAGUUUGGUUGGUGAUCUUGGAGACUUUUCAGUUUGGUGCUUGUUGCAUAAUGUGUCGACUUGAUUUGAUUGAAGGUAAUAUGGGGUUUUUUUGCUCUAAUGGUGUGGUGUAAUUGAUAGUUGGAUUUGCAUAAAACUUGAACCUGAAGACAUAUUUUGAACCCAAGUGGAGGCUAAUGGCCCCUAUCGUAGUUUUUUGUUGUUUUUGAUGUGGA